AAAAGAACUGUUUUCAGGUCAGUUGAUUGGCGGUUUAAUAUUCUAUUAAGAUAGAUAAUGUAAAUAAUUGCUUUUUAUACAUAAUCAUAAGACUGCACUCUUUAACGGUUAAGCUUUCUUCCAAUCAGUGUUUUGUAUACUGAUCUAUUAAUAAUGUCAUUGACGACUUGCCUGCUUACAAACAGGACUUUGAUUUUAGAUACGCCCUGUUAAAAAUCAAACGCAGUACAUGCAUUCUCCGGUUUCAACAAGAGACAGUUAAAAGAAAAAGGAAGAGUUUUCUUCCAUGAAUGCAUUGGUAAUAAUUGAAAUAAAUUACUGGACUCCAUUACUGCCAGCCUUUCAUCUAUCUACAUAUCCAAGAAUGUUACUUUCAUCAGAUUCCUCACUAAGCUUACAAUUUCACUCGCUCUGAAGAUUUACAGAGAACAAAUUUGGGGCUUUUUGGUAUUUUUGUCAGCUAUAUCUCUCAAAACAUAAACAGCAUAUGCACACAAUGGAAUCUAAAGGUGCAAUGUCAUCUUACCCGGAUAGAUCACUCAUUGAUGAACCACGGAUCAUGAAUGAAAUCAACACUGAAAAAAUAGCAUUACGCAGUGUGGCCUGCCUAAAUGAUGAAGAAAUAUGGACGUGUAGCGGCAGCAGCAUGAGGCUUUAUAACCUAAAGGAUCAACUUGUGAAGGUAGUUCAAACCAAGUCAGGGGGUGAGCCAAUUGAUAUAUUGGUGACAAGGAUUGGAGACCUUCUUUAUACUGAUUACGAUGAAAAAACCGUGAACAUAGUGAAGAAUACACAGAUACAGACAGUGAUCAGACUACGGGGAUGGAAACCUUUCGGCGUUUGUAGUACCUCCUCUGGUGACCUCCUGAUUUUAAUGAACAGCAAUGGUAAACAAUCAAAAGUUUCGCGUUACACUGGUUCAGUAGAGAAACAAAGUAUUCAAUACGGCGACAACAAAAAGCCUCUCUUUUCACCCCAUGGUUGCAAUAAAUAUAUAAAUGAAAACAGGAAUCUAGAUAUUUGUGUGUCUGAUUUUGAUGCUAGAAGUGUACUUGUGGUCAACCAGGCUGGGAGACUCCGUUUUACCUACACUGGUCAUCCCUCUGCUACUAAGGAAAUAUUUUAUCCUCGCGGCAUCACUACGGACAGUAAUGGUCGAAUCCUGAUAGCCGACUGUAACAACCACCGUAUCCACAUCCUGGAUCAGAACGGACACUUUAUCCGCUAUAUUGACAACUGUCAGUUAGACCAUCCCCAAGGUUUAUGUUUGGACUCCAGAGACAACCUCGUUUUAACCGAAUGGACAACAGGAAAGCUGAAAAAGAUUCAAUAUUUAAUCUAAACAAUCAAUGUGUGAAUGCACUGAUGAACUGUGAAUACAUUCAAGAGCAUUUAAAAUGGUAUAAGAAAAUAUCCCCAACGUAUGCAUCUUAAAAGUUUAUAGAUAAUAUUUUGGCAAUAGCAAAUGAAGAAUUUGUUAAUGACGUAUUUUACCAAAAAUGCAUGUUUUUAUUUUUUUGCAUUUAUAAGUUCUCUCCAUUGUCUGCAAAUUUUAUGUAAUAUGCAUUUGUUUUACAUACAUUGUAAAUCUGAUAGAGCUUUUUUAUCUUUAGAAUUCAUUAAAUUUAGAAUCAAAGAUAAGGUCGGAGCAAAAUGCUCUCCUUUUAACAUAAACUGAAACACUUGGUUCCUAGCUCUGGUAAGUAUUUUUUAAUGGAGGUAUACCAUUUACUAUCUAUGUUGUCUGUUGUUUAACAGUUCUAUAUAAUACCAUAUCUAUAUCGAUAUAUGUCUAAAUUGUUUUGAAGAUCAAAAAAUGCAAUCCAUGUGAAGAUUAAAAUUUUGCGCACAACACUUUAUCAUAUACAUAUGUCCUGAUAUAAUGUUUAAUUAUUUGUUUCCUCAUUACACUAAUCAUAAUAUCGUUCUUCCAUAUGACUUUCUUUAAUACAUUUAUCGGCCUUUGAAUUAUGUUGAUGGGUUUUUUUAAAUUCAUUGCUUGUUUCUCUGUUAUAUAAAUUCUUAAAAUUCGCUAACCAUUAUUCCAAACCCUCCUUUUUUUUUGUUAGAAUAUUUAUAAUCAUUGUUGAUUAAUAACCUUAUGGGUAUACUGUGAUUUUUUUUUGCUUUGUUUUUUGUUCCAAAAGUCUUUGGAGUUUCUAGAGUCUGAAUACCAUUAGCAACAAUUUUUUUUAUAGCCACGGUCAGUGCGUAUAAGAGAUUUACUAGUAUGCAAUAUAUCUCUCGCUUUGAUGUAUUCUCGUCUUUAAAUAAUAUUUGACUAGCUGUUUAUUAGAAAUAUGUUUGUAAUCUUUAAAAAUGUUAUUAAGGAACUGUAUAUGAUAUGAGUUAAAUCAUUUUUAAAGUGAGAAAUAUAGAGCGCAUGCUUGAACAAAGACAUUUUUUUGUCGCUUAUUAGUCUUGGCUAGAUACGUUUCUGUUUAAAAAUAUUUUGUUUUUUCAAGCAUGCGCUCUAUGUUUUUUGAAAGAAAAGCUGCUUGAAAACAAGUUGUUUUAUGCCAAAAAUGCAAAAAUGGCGGCAAAAGGUUGUUUUUACGAUGUCAUAUUUAUAAAUUGUAGGCACUUGCAUCAAAAUGAACAUUAUGUAAAAACAUCACAUAUAUAUCUGUACAUGUACAAAGAAAACAAAGAAUUACAGUAAAAUGAUGAUGUUCAUUUUCGGGGCCAUUUUAGGCCCACAUCAUAUAUAGUCCAAAUAAAAAUGAAGAUUGUUUGUUAAACACAGUGAUGUUCAUGCGUGGAUUCAGAUAUUUUAAGAGGGAAGAGGGUUCUACAGAUAUUAUCGUUUUGGAGGGUGUCAGGGGGUACUAUGUAUUAUUUCUAGUAAUUUUGCUAUACAAAUGUAACAAGUAUGAGUUUUUUUCAGAUAGUGAAAGGGUGAGGUGGUGAGUCCUCCUAAGAGGCAUAAUUCAAACGACAUUUUACAGAGUAUAAGAUCAACAUACAUAGGGAUUUUACUACGUCAUUAUCACAAAGCCGAUAACUUGUACAGCGAAUCGUAAAAAAAAACCUCGGCCUGUUCUGGGGGUGUAAAAAAGCACAAAACAAGAUUAUUUGCAUUCUAAAUAAGGAUCCAUGGAUAAACAAGGAGCUCACCAUUUCAAGUAUGUCAGGUUUUAUCCAAAAUUAAAGACAUACGAAAAAAACCGUUAAAUUUUAGCCGAUAACUGGUACAGUUCCCGUAGAAAAUAUGCAUAAAAUUUUCGCACAAAUAAAGGUUUACAGCAUAUAAUUUUCAGGUAAUGGAACAAAUAUAAGCCUGUUUUAAAUGACAAAUUUCGAAGGAUACCAUGGAAAAAGAAUGUGAAACAAAAGAAAAACUGUUUAUAAACAAAAUUAAUAUAAUCUUGUUUCAAAUGUCUAAUUAUUAUAUUUUGUGUCAGAUUUUCACCGUUUCGCGCAAUAUAUUUGUACAAUUUCCCGUAGUUUGAAAUAAGAUUUCAAUCCCUUUUUUGUAAAAUUCAAGCUUAGCCAGUGUGAAAGUCCAUGGAGCAGUGAAAUGAACGCGUAAGAAUUCAUAAUUUUGUACACACAUGUAUACAUGUAUUCAAACUUUUGUAACAAAAUUUACGUUUAAUUAUUAUUAAUUAAUUAUAGUGACUGUAGAUGGAAAUGAUUCUUAUAAAAUUUUAACCACUGAUAGAUUUUACAUUUGGUUGACAGCAUUUUGAUCUGAUCUUCUAAUUAUAUAUAUCAGUCUCAUUUUAUAAAUUUAUCUUUUUAGGAGCAUAGUUGAUUAAGAUAACCAAAACAUCCGCCUGGAUCUAAAUACCGUAUAUCCUGUUUUUUUCGCGUGUCACAAA